AUGGCGUCCCACGCAACACAUGGAGCUGGAUUCACUGUGGAGGCCACGAAGAAAGGGGCCCUGCCGAUCAAAGUGGAAUCGCGGGCGAAGGGGAAGAAGGUGACCAUCAUCUCAGGUGUGCGUGGCAAUGCGCAGUUAUUGUGCUCGACUCUCAGCACCCUUCUUGGGAUUGGUGGCACCGUUCACAACGAAGCCGGACAGCAAGUCAUCCAAGUCCAAGGUAGUCAGGCUGACCGCGUUGCAGAAGCACUGGGUAAAUUGAAUUGCUUGAAAGGCGUGAAAGUCGAUCAGCCGAAGAAGCCAGCGAAACAAGCUGAGGUUGCCACACGACACUGUGGCUAUGACAAGUUUCUUCGACAAGACAAGCCCGACCUGGCGAAACUCCUGCAGGGUGAAGCAUAUGCGCCACAAUGCCCACCGGGCGCGGAGUGCUUCCGGUGGCAUGGCUAUUGGGUGUACUGCCGUGGCUGCUGUGAACAGAUCGAUCACGAUGACGUCUGGGAGGAGAGCGCAGCUUGGUACGAUCCAUGUGACUACGAUCUGCCCAGUCACCAGCCUUCUCAGCCAUCUUGGCUCCCCCGCACAUGUGGGAGUCGAUCUGAGCUGGAUGUCCGCUUGCGGAAGUUGGGCAUGCUGGCGGAGGUGGGCGAGGCGGCGGUGACCUGGGGCUUGCGCCUACUGGGACCUGCCGGCAGCACCUUAGCGGAGUACCGCCGCAAGGCCAUUGCGCCGGGCGCAUGGCUAAUCCAGGCUGAGACGAAGGGCAAGAGGGCACGGUCCGCCAGGAACGAGGGGGGUGCGAUGAAGCCGAAGGACGCGACGGAAGCGCGGCAGCGGAUUCGGGCGAUGCCCAAGCUGAAGUCGCCACCCAAGCUGGGGAGUUUCAGCUGCCCUGUCUGUCACAACAACUUCGGCCUCUACAAGACCUUAAAGCAACACAUGCUGCUCUCCCACAACACCACGCCGCCUCCGAAGCUCUCGAUGGUGGAAGCUGCCACCGCAGCCGCUGUGCAACGCCCGAGUGGCCCUAGCGCAACACGGACUUGGCCGAGGCGACCUGUACAGGUUGCAGUACCAAAGAAAAAGGUGAAGGAGGACAAGUACGAAGAAGCCUUUGACGAUUGGGAGCCGUUCGAAGACACACCAGGCACCAUGGCCAUGGUUGCUGCUGAUUGGAUGCUGCCACAGCUGGAGACCGGUGAGGUCGAGCGAGAAGCGGAGUGGUUCUUCGAAGACACACAAGGCACCGUGGCCACAGUUGCUGCUGAUUGGAUGCUGCCACAGCUGGAGACCCGUGAGGUCGAGGAAGCGGAGUUGUACGAAGAUUGCCCAAUUUGCCAAGAGAGGAUCAAGCUGAAGGACUUGCCCUCGCACGUGGAAGCAUGCUUGGCCAAUCCGUUGGCCACGGAGUCCUGGAAAGCCUGCCCCCUCUGCCAGGAGAAGUUCCAUCCCGAUGCCAUCGAUGCGCAUGUGCAAGCUUGCCUGGAACGAGACGAGAACGAGAGCGACGUCGAGGAGUCCGAAGCGGAGGAGGAACUGCUCUGGUUUUCUUCAUUCUCAGCUAUCUUAGUAAUGUCCCGCAUGAGUUCCUCUCAGGCGGAGGACAGCGAUGGUUUCUACGGUCAUCAGAUCGACCCCAGCAUGCUCGAGAGCUACCCAGUCUUGACAGUGGACCGUGGCUUUGUGCCGCAGGGGCCUGAUCAGCUGAAAGUGAUGGAAGGUGACCUUUUUCUGCGCAUGUGGGAGCAACCCAAGGAGGAAGGCGGAUAUUGGGCUUGGGGCAUUCUGGUGAAGCAGGAGUUCAACGGGCUCGCCUAUGUGGCUCUCCAAGAUGGUUAUGUGCCUCUCUCUCAUCUCAAUGGCUCAGAGCCAAGCCCCCCCGAGCAGGAGUCUCCUGAGGAGCCCAAGAUCACCCGACGCUGGGGAAGGAGGACUUUGGAGCCUUGA